CGGAGUUUUCAAAUUUCGACUUUAGCAGGUGGCAGACUGGCAGAGCCAAAGGUUUUCCAAAGGUGUUGCUGAGUUAAGUUUGGUUUUUAUUGUUAUCAUUGGGAAAGAAUACGUGACAUUUAAUAACUCUGCUGUGGAGUUUAUGACGUGUUUACUGAUAUAAUAAAAAUUCGACUUUUGACCAGGGGAGAUAAGCGCUUUAAUAUUUACAACAAAAACUAUAUAAUUUAUCUUUAUAUUGCUAAAAAAGUGAUUAAUCACGAAAGCAGAAAUGUCGGAAAAAUUAGAUAUUAUAAUAUUUGGAGCUUCUGGAUUUACUGGUAAAUACACCGUUUUUGAAGCUGUUAGUGUACUUCAAAACUACCGCUGGGGUAUCGCUGGACGUAGUCAAGAAAAGCUAGAAAAAGUACUUCAAGAGAUGGGUGCAAAAGCGCAGAAAAAUCUUAUGGAUACUCCAAUCAUCAUCGCUGAUAUAGAAAAUGAAGGUUCACUUCUAGCCAUGGCUAAGCGAUGUCGUGUUUUAGUAAAUUGUUGUGGACCAUACCGCUUCUUUGGGGAGCCAGUAGUGCGAGCAUGUCUUGAAGCUGGCACUCAUCAAGUGGAUGUUACUGGUGAACCUCAAUACAUGGAAACAAUGCAACUGAAAUAUAAUAAACAAGCACAAGAGCGAAAAGUUUUUAUAAUUUCUGCAUGUGGAUUUGAUUCAAUACCGGCAGAUCUUGGAGUUGUUUUUAUAGAAAAAAACUUUGAUGGUGUUGUAAAUUCAGUUGAAAGCUAUCUGCAGAGUUACGUAAAAGGAGACGUUUCUGAAGGAGGUGCUCGAAUUCAUUAUGGUACUUGGGAGAGCGCCGUUCUUGGUUUGGCCCAUUCAGGCGAACUAAAAGAAUUACGCAAGAAGUUAUACGAAGAGAAACUGCCGAAAUUUAAUCCUGUUUUAAAACCUCGACCACUUAUUUUUCGUUCUGAAAUUGUAAAUGGAGUUUGCCUCCCAUUCCCUGGACCAGAUCGUUCAGUUGUAAUGCGUUCACAACGUUUCCUUUAUGAAAAUGAGCAUAAGCGCCCUGUUCAAAUGUACCCUUAUGUUACUUUUAAAUCGUGGAUAGCAGCUGUGCUAGUUGCUUUAUUUGCAGUUUCGUUUGGAUUUUUAACUAAGUUUACAUUUAGUCGUCGCUUAUUGUUAAAAUAUCCUAAAGUUUUUUCAUUAGGAUUUGCGUCUCACGAAGGUCCUCCAGAAGCUUUGAUGGAGCAAACACAUUUUUCAUUUAUCAUGAGAGCAAAGGGAUGGCCAAGUUCGGAGAGACUGUCAGAACCAACCGAUCACUACACGGUUCCACCAACCAAAACAUUAACAGUCAAAGUGUCGGGAUCGAAUCCUGGUUAUGGUGCGACCUGUGUAGCUUUACUUAGUACGGCUGUAAUAAUAUUAAAGGAAAACGAUAAAUUGCCGGGAUCUGGCGGUGUUUUACCACCAGGAGCUGCUUUUGCGAAAACAAGUUUAAUAUCUGAGUUGGAAAAACAUGAUCAUGGCAUUAAAUUUGAAAUUUUGGCUAACAAGUAAAUACAACUAAUGCAUAAUGUAUAACAAAUGUUACAAGUAAACUUAAAACGGAUAUUUAUGUUUUUAUUCAAUUAUGAAAUUUUAUAGUUUUUUUCCGCAUUAUGUAACAUAUAAUAAUAAUAAAAAAUAUUUUAAAAAA